UUAGCCAAACAUGGGCAUCCCAGCAUGGCAGCUUACCUGUUUGAUUAUAGGAGUUAUCUGUGUGCUGCUUUUCAUGUUUUAUUGCCUGCUGUUCAAUAAGAGGUCAAUGCAGCCUUGUGACCCACAGGAAGAGCCACAGACCAGGAUAAGUGAACUAGAAUCCAAACCGUGGUCAGCGGUCAGUUCAACCUCCACUGCUGCUCAACAGGAAGACGCAGUUGCCAACAACGACUCAAACACCAGCUCGCUUACUUCAGAACCACCUGAGAUCCCACCUUCUGAUCCAACUGACAGCCCUGAUACUUCCAACAUGGCUGACCAGGCUGCUGAUGAGAGCAAGUACCUCUUCCUGGAAAAUGACUUCCGCAACAGCGGGGUCGCCCAAGCCGACUGGGCGGCCAAGAAGAUGGUAUGGGUGUCAUCAGAAAGGGAGGGCUUUGAGCCGGCCAGCAUCACGGAGGAGAAGGGCGACCAGGUGCUGGUGGAGCUCUCCAACGGUCAGAAGGUGACGGUGAACAAAGACGACGUCCAGAAAAUGAACCCGCCCAAGUUCAGCAAAGUGGAAGACAUGGCCGCCCUCACUUUCCUCAACGAAGCUUCAGUCCUGCACAACCUGCGUGAGAGAUACUUCUCCAGCCUGAUCUAUACGUACUCAGGUCUGUUCUGCGUGGUGGUGAACCCCUACAAGAUGCUGCCCAUCUACUCGGAAAAGAUCAUUGAGAUGUACAAGGGCAAGAAACGCCACGAGGUGCCGCCACACAUCUACUCCAUCACGGACAACGCCUACAGGAACAUGUUACAGGACCGUGAGGAUCAGUCUAUUCUCUGCACAGGAGAGUCUGGAGCAGGGAAGACAGAAAACACCAAGAAGGUGAUUCAGUACCUGGCGGUCGUCGCAUCUUCACACAAGGGAAAGAAGGACAUCAACCCUGACUCAGUUGCUGCAGCUGGGGCCAAGCAGCAGUCAGGAUCUCUGGCCUAUGGAGAGCUGGAAAAGCAGCUGCUGCAGGCUAAUCCCAUCUUGGAGGCCUUCGGCAACGCUAAGACCAUCAAGAAUGAUAACUCCUCGCGGUUUGGAAAGUUCAUCAAACUCAACUUUGACGUGACCGGCUUUCUUGUCGGAGCAACUAUCGACACCUACCUGCUGGAGAAGUCGCGCUGCAUUCGUCAGGCCAACACUGAGAGAGCCUUUCACAUCUUCUACUACAUGGUGGCAGGAGCCAAAGACAAGAUGAGGGAGGAGCUGCUGCUGGAGGACUUCGGCAGUUAUCGUUUCCUGAUCGCGGGUCAUGUUGAAAUUCCCGGCCAGGAGGACGACGAGCUGUUUGAAGAGACUCUGGAGGCCAUGGAGAUCAUGGGCUUCACCGAGGAGGAGAGAUUAGGGAUGUUGAAGGUGGUGUCCACUGUGCUCCAGCUGGGCAACAUCAAGUUUGAGAAGGAGAGGAACAGUGAGCAGGCCACCAUGCCCGACAACACCGCGGCCCAGAAGGUGUGCCACUUGCAGGGCAUCAAUGUGACCGACUUCACCCGAGCUAUCCUCACGCCCAGGAUCAAAGUGGGGAGGGAGGUGGUGCAGAAGGCUCAGACCAAGCAGCAGGUUGACUUUGCAGUGGAGGCUCUGGCUAAGGCCAUGUACGAGCGUCUGUUUCUCUGGAUCCUAGCCAGAGUCAACAAAACUCUGGACAAGAGUAAGAGACAGUCUGCAUCCUUCCUGGGCAUCCUGGACAUCGCUGGCUUUGAGAUUUUUGAGGACAACUCGUUUGAGCAGCUCUGCAUCAACUACACCAACGAGCGUCUGCAGCAGCUCUUCAACCACACCAUGUUCAUAAUGGAGCAGGAGGAGUACAAGAGGGAGGGCAUCGAGUGGAACUUCAUCGACUUCGGCCUCGAUCUGCAGCCCUGCAUCGAGCUCAUCGAGAGGCCGAACAACCCUCCAGGCAUCCUGGCCCUUCUGGAUGAGGAGUGCUGGUUCCCCAAAGCCACCGACAUGUCGUUCGUAGACAAGCUGCUGAACACCCACACAGGUCACGUGAAGUUCUCCAAACCAAAACAGCACAAAGACAAACUGAUGUUCUCUGUGUUGCACUACGCCGGAAAGGUGGAUUAUAAUGCAGCCAGCUGGCUGACGAAGAACAUGGAUCCUCUGAAUGAUAAUGUUACGGCUCUGCUCAACAACUCCUCCAGCAACUUUAUCCAGGACCUUUGGAAAGACGUGGAUCGAGUUGUGGGUUUGGAUACAAUCACCAAAAUGUCUGAGAGCUCUGUGCCGAGCUCCACCAAGUCCAAAAAAGGCAUGUUUCGCACGGUGGGUCAGCUGUACAAAGAGUCUCUGGGUAAACUGAUGACCACGCUGCACAACACGCAGCCCAACUUCGUCCGCUGCAUCAUUCCCAACCACGAGAAGAGGGCUGGUAAGAUGGACUCCCACCUGGUGCUGGAGCAGCUCAGGUGUAACGGGGUGCUGGAGGGCAUUCGGAUCUGCAGGCAGGGAUUUCCAAACCGCAUCGUGUUCCAAGAGUUCAGGCAGAGGUACGAGAUCCUGGCUGCCAACGCCAUCCCUAAAGGCUUCAUGGACGGGAAACAAGCAUGCUGUCUGAUGGUGAAGCAUCUGGAUCUGGACCCCAACCUGUAUCGCAUCGGUCAGAGUAAGAUGUUCUUCAGGACGGGAGUUUUGGCUCAGCUAGAGGAAGAGCGAGACCUCAAAAUGACGGUUGUCAUCAUCUCCUUCCAGGCUCAAGCGCGAGGCUUCCUGAGCCGCAAGGCUUUCAGUAAACGUCAGCAGCAGCUGAGUGCCAUGAAGGUCAUCCAAAGGAACUGCGCAUGUUAUCUCAAACUAAAGAACUGGCAGUGGUGGAGGCUUUUCACUAAGGUAAAGCCACUACUGCAGGUGACCAGACAAGAAGAGGAAAUGGGUCAGAAGGAAGAGGAGCUAAAGGCGGCCAAAGAGGUGGCGGUCAAGGCUGAGGCCCAACUGAAGGACAUCACUCAGAAACACACACAGCUGAUUGAGGAGCGGGCCCAGCUAGAGUCAAAGCUGCAGGCGGAGACGGAGCUGUACACUGAGGCAGAGGAGAUGAGGGUGCGUCUGGAGGCCAAGAAGCAGGAGCUGGAGGAGGUUCUGCAUGAGAUGGAAGCCCGGCUGGAGGAAGAGGAGGAGCGGAGCAUCUCCCUGCAGCAGGAGAAGAAGGACAUGGAGCAGCAACUACAGCUGAUGGAGGCCCACAUCGCAGUAGAGGAGGACGCUCGACAGAAGCUGCAGCUGGAGAAAGCUGCUGUGGAGGGGAAGGUGAAGAAACUGGACGAGAACAUCCUGUUCAUGGAAGACCAGAACAACAAACUGCAGAAGGAGCGAAAGCUUCUGGAGGAGCGGAUGGCUGACAUGAGCUCAAACCUGGCCGAGGAGGAGGAGAAGUCCAAGAAUCUGACAAAGCUAAAGAGCAAACAUGAGUCCAUGAUCUCCGACCUGGAAGUUCGUUUGAAGAAGGAGGAGAAGGUUCGCCAGGACAUGGAGAAGGCGAAGAGGAAGGUGGAGGCGGAAGUGGCUGACCUACAGGAGCAGCAUGCUGACCUGCAGGCACAACUAGCCGAGCUCAGAGCUCAGCUAGCUGCAAAGGAAGAGGAACUCCAGGCCACGCAAGCCCGUUUGGAGGAGGAGAGCAGUCAGCGAGGGGCAGCGGUGAAGAAGGUUCGGGAGUUGGAGGCGCUGAUCUCGGAGCUGCAGGAGGAUUUGGAAGCAGAGAGGUUGGCGAGGGGGAAGGUUGAGGCAGCUCGACGGGACCUCGGGGAGGAGCUUAACGCUCUGCGGACCGAGCUGGAAGAUAGUCUGGACACCACUGCUGCCCAGCAGGAACUACGGGCAAAGCGAGAGCAAGAGGUGGCCAUGUUGAAGAAAGCUAUGGAAGAUGAGGGCCGGAGCCAUGAGACCCAAAUCCAGGACCUGAGACAGAAACAUAACCAGGCUGUGGAGGAGCUCACUGAGCAGCUGGAGCAGGCCAAGAGAGUGAGGGCUGGUCUGGAGAAAGCCAAACAAGCUCUGGAAAAGGAGUCAGCAGAUUUGAGUGCUGACCUGAGAUCUCUUGCUAGUGCCAAACAGGAUGUGGAACACAAGAAGAAGAAGGUAGAAGGUCAACUGAACGACCUAAAUUCACGUUUUAAUGAGAGCGAGAGGCAGAGGAACGAACUCGGGGAGCGAGUCUCCAAGAUGAAUGUGGAACUGGAUAGUGUGACAGGUCUGCUGAACGAAGCCGAGGGAAAGAACAUCAAACUGAGUAAAGACUUUUCCAGUCUGUCCUCUCAACUUCAGGACACACAGGAGCUGCUGUCUGAGGAGACACGUCAGAAACUGAAUCUGUCUGGACGUCUGCGUCAGAUGGAAGAGGAGAGGAACAGUCUGAUGGAACAGCUGGAGGAGGAGACGGAGGCCAAACGGGCCGUGGAGAGGCAGGUCUCCAGCCUCAACAUGCAGCUGUCUGACCACAAGAAGAAGCUGGAUGAGCUGUCGGGGACGGUGGAGUUGCUGGAGGAGGGGAAGAGGCGUCUGCAGCGUGAGCUGGAGGAGGCUAACAGCGAGUACGAGGAGAAGGCCUCAGCUUACGACAAGCUGGAGAAGAGCCGAAGCCGUCUGCAGCAGGAGCUGGAGGACAUCCUGGUGGACCUGGACAGCCAACGGCAGCUCGUCUCCAACCUGGAAAAGAAGCAGAAAAAGUUUGAUCAGAUGCUGGCAGAGGAACGAGGUGUGUCCUCUAAGUUUGCAGAGGAGCGGGAUCGAGCAGAGGCAGAGGCGAGGGAGAAGGAGACGAAGGUGUUAGCUCUGACCCGAGCGCUGGAGGAGAUCCAGGUAUCUCGGGAGGAGGCAGAGAAGACCAUGAAGGUGCUCCGAGCUGAGAUGGAGGAUCUCAUCAGCUCCAAAGAUGACGUAGGAAAGAAUGUCCAUGACCUGGAGAAGGCAAAACGUAGCCUGGAGGCCAUCGUAGAGGAGAUGAGGACACAGAUGGAGGAGCUGGAGGAUGAGCUGCAGGUUGCUGAGGAUGCCAAGCUGCGUCUGGAGGUCAACAGUCAGGCUCUCAAAGUGCAGCAUGAGCGGGAGCUGCAGGGGCGUGAGGAGCUGGGAGAGGAGAAGAGGAAGCAGCUCCUGAGACAGGUGCGUGAGCUGGAGGCAGAGCUAGAGGAGGAGAGGAAGCAGCGAAGUCAGGCAUCAGCCGGGAAGAAGAAGCUGGAGGGGGAGCUAAAGGACAUGGAGGACCAGCUGGAGACCAGCAGCAGGGGGCGCGAUGAGGCGCUCAAGCAGCUUCGCAAAAUCCAGGGGCAGAUGAAGGAGCUUCAGAGGGACUUGGAGGACUCUCGUGCAGCCCAGAAGGAGGUCCUCGCCUCAGCCAGGGAGUCUGAGCGUAGAUCCAAGACCAUGGAGGCAGAAAUCCUCCAGCUGCAUGAGAUGUUGGCAGCAGCUGAGAGAGCUCGGAAGCAGGUGGAGACGGAGAGGGACGAGCUGUCCGAGGAGCUGGCCAGUAACUCUUCAGGAAGGUCACUGCUGUCUGAUGAAAAGCGUCGUGUGGAGACGAAGAUCAGCCAGCUGGAGGAGGAGCUGGAGGAGGAGCAGGCCAACGUGGAGAGCCUGAACGAGCGGCUGAGGAAGAGCCAGCAGCUGGUGGAGCAGCUGGGAGCAGAGCUGGCAGCAGAGAGAUCUUCCUCUCAGAGCAGGGAGGGAUCCAGGCAGCAGCUGGAGAGACAAAACCGAGAGCUGAAGGCCAAACUGCAGGAGUUGGAGGGCCAGGGCCGCUCCAAGCUCAAGUCCACCAUCGCUGCUCUGGAGGCCAAACUCAGAGAGGUGGAGGAGCAGCUGGAGGUGGAGAGCAGAGAGCGGCAGGCCAACGCCAAGAAUCUGCGUCAGAAGGAGAAGAAGCUGAAGGAUCUGAGCAUCCAGCUGGAGGACGAGAGGAAGCAGGCGCAGCAGUUCAAAGACCAGGCGGAGAAGAGCAAUGUGAGGGUGAAGCAGCUGAAGCACCAGCUGGAGGAGGUGGAGGAGGAGGCGCAGCGAGCGGCCGCCGCCCGAAGGAAACUCCAGAGGGAGCUGGACGAGGCGACGGAGGCCAACGACACCCUCAACAGAGACGUGUCUUCACUCAGGAGCAAACUGAGGCGUGGCGGCGGGGAGGUGGCGUUCAGCAGUCCCCGGAGCGGCGGCGGCGGCAGCAGCGUCAUGAGCUCAGUAAUGGGAGGCAGCGUCAGCCGGAGGAUCAGGGAGAACUCCAUAGAGCUGCAGGAUGACGAGCCUUCCUCCCCAUCUCCUCCUGCCCACACCUCCCAUCUGGAGGAGGAGGAGUACACCUACCCACCUGAAGAGUAGACUGACCGCACACUUUGUUCCAAACAUACUCAUUUAUACACUUUUAAUUCCUAAUAUUCAGACUAUACUUCUGUUUUUGUCUGUCAAUAAAUUCAAUAAUUAUUCUAAACAAACAGAUAAGAAUCACAUAAAAACAAAUAAUUGUGAUUUUAUUUAUUUAACUUAUAACUUCAAAGCUUUUCUGACAUGAAAAUGAUGCUUCCAGCUUCUUAAAUGUGAGAUUUUUUCUUUGGAAAAUUAUACUGAAACGCUCAGUUAUUUAAGAUAAAUCAAGAUUUACCAGUCAAUCAGUAAUAAAUGAUUUAAAGUCUUCUGCUGCAGCUUCACGUUUUUGCAUUUAUUGACUCGUGUUUUGUCUUGAGUAUUCACCUUUCUCUCAAAUUACUUGGAUUUGUUUAGUUUAAGUAAAUCCUAGUGAGUUAUAAAGUUGGAAAUGUUUCAGGUUUCUUCUUUUUUUAUUAACUCUGCUUCCAUAAAUCCCAGAUUUCAGUUUUCAAUGGACAGGUUCAUGCUGCAUUCAUGUCAGCUGGGAAAACAGAAGUUUGACUGGUAUAAUAAAUACCUGGAUGAUCUAGUUCUAGCAUUUAAAGCUACAAUGCAGCAGCUUACACAGUGAAACCAAACUUCUUAAUCUAAUAAAACAUUUGAUGAAACACA